AUGCAUCGGUCAGUGAGCAAGAAGCCCUCCUAUCUGAACCUUUGGCACGAGUUUUUGACCAUCCAGCCAACGGUCAAACACUGGGCGCAACAUCCAUUUUACAAGUCAACUGGUAUUAUGAACGUCUCUACCGUGUUUCCGGAGGGAUACACUGAAACAGAGAGACCAUCGCGUCAUGCGUCAGCGAGCGUAAAGGAUGAUGAAGAGGUGCAGGAUAGAUACAAUCGGGCGAAAGACUUCGUCGGCCUCGAGGAGGUGACAAAGGUCGAUUUUCUGGUGAUGAUGUUCGCCGAGGCGCUGGGAACGUUCCUCCUGGUGUUGAUCGGCUGCGCCUCCUGCAUUACUUGGACCGUCAGCAAUCCACCCACAGUGGUGCACAUCGCGUUCACCUUUGGCCUUGCUGUCGCGAGUCUUGCACAGGUAUUAGGACCCGUUUCAGGGUGUCAUGUGAAUCCAGCUGUAUCAAUUGGCCUUCUGGUUAGCGGAAAUUGCAGUUUCCUCAAAGCAAUAUGUUACAUAGUCUGUCAAUGCUGUGGCGCAAUCGCAGGUUGUCUUGAAGGUAAAUAAAGUAAUCUGCGUGUACUGCUCCCGUCAACGCGGAUUCACGAUCUUGGUGCCACGUCUCUCGGCACGUCUAUCACCGAAGGCCAAGGUAUCUUCAUGGAAGCGAUCGUGACAUUCCUUUUGGUUUUGGUUGUCCAUGCAGUGACCGAUCCGAAGAGGAGCGACACGAAGGGAUGGGCACCGUUGGCGAUCGGUUUGACCAUCACCGUGGCUCACAUGGCAGCCGUACCCAUCACAGGGAGCAGCAUGAAUCCUGCCAGAACACUUGGUCCAGCCGUCAUUCUGGGCAUAUGGAAGGACCUGUGGAUCUAUUGGGUCGGGCCCAUUCUGGGAGCCUGCGUCGCUGGCGGACUCUACAAGAUAGCGUUCAGGUCGAGGAAAGAAGAGGACGAGGCGUCCUAUGAUUUCUGAGAGAGCAAAA